UCGUAAACAAAGAAAGCGAACAAGCUCUCCGAAAGUAUCUGCCUAUCUUUGUAUCUGCCAGAUUCAGAUUGUUUUUUACCGUCGAGCCGAGCGCAUGUACGUGAAAUAACUAAAUAAACUAAUAAUAGUGUGCUCAAAGCGGAGUAUUGUGUAAAACACGCGCCCUUCUCUGUCUCGCUCUGCCACACUUACGCUCCCACUCAUACACACGCCUCGAAAUACAUACCUGCAAGGCAGGGUGAAAAACGGUGCAAGGAAAAUCGGAAAAUCGGUUCGGAAACGGUUGUGGAACAAAGUGUGCCCUUCGCUCCGGGUGUCAACUCGAACUCUAGGAAUGUUUUGAAUUUAUCAAAACUUUACACAAACGCCAAAACAACACUCACUACAAGCGAGAAAUAACAGUACAUUUACAAACACCUGGGCGCGCAAAAAAUCGAUGAUGUGAAAUUUGCCAAAAAAAAAGAAGGCAAGAUUUCACGUCAUUUCGUCUGAGCUGGAGAUUGCACAUUUUGCAAUUAACAAUCUUGGUGGACUGGACCGCGAUAUAUAGAUACACAGAUACAUAGAUAGUAAACGGCCAGUUACGUUGAUAGUAAAAGCGUACAAAAACAACAAAAAAAAUAAGCGCAACAACCGAGAGCGGCACUGUGGCUGCUUAGUCAUCCGUGCGAGAGAUUCGCUUUGGCUGCAGCAGAUACAAGAUACAAAGCCCAGACUGUGAGCGAGUUCCAUUGCCAGUGCCAGGUAUCCGCCAGAUACAAAAGUGUAUGUAUCAAAAAGGAACUCUCUAACUUGCAGGCCUACGUAAUUACAAAAUUGCAACAACAACAAGAGCAACAACAAUAAGGCAACGCCUACGACACGCCAGUGAUUACAGCAACAAAUCGCUUACAGCCACUUUUGCCUAGAUAGCGUAACCUGUUGUUGUUAAUGCUGUUUGGCUUUUAUUUUUAUUUUUUUCGAAUUUCGAAUUUGGUUGCUCACCUCUCGGCAUCUAAAAUUGGGCAUUCGCAAGCGGCUUAGAUACGCAGCCGCUUUGGUGGUUGGCAGCAGCCGGAAUCUGCAAGUGGCACACCUGUUUGGUAUAUUCAGUGUUUGUUUUCAUUUAUUUGCCCACUGGCCACGGGUCAGUUCACCAGUUGGAGCACCAGUUGAACGCCAGUUGGCCCAUCGUCAGCAUCAUCACACAGAAUGUCGCGUUUGACCGAGGAAAUGGUCAUUGCACGGGCCAAACAGUCCGAUUUGGGCCUGAUCAAGAAGCUUAAUUGCUGGGGAAGUGAUCUCAGCGAUGUGUCCAUCAUCAAACGAAUGCGCGGAGUGGAGGUCUUGGCGCUGAGCGUCAACAAGAUCAGCACUCUGUCCCCCUUUGAAGACUGCACAAAGUUACAGGAACUGUAUCUGCGGAAGAACAACAUCUCGGACAUUAAUGAGAUAGCCUAUCUACAAAGUCUGCCGGCCCUCAAAUACCUCUGGCUGGAGGAGAAUCCCUGCUGUGAUCGAGCGGGCCCCAACUAUCGAGCGAUCGUCUUACGCGCCCUGCCAAACCUCAAGAAGCUCGACAAUGUGGAGGUCACCCAGGAGGAGGUGGACGAUGCUUUGCGUGCCGGUGGCAGCGCCGCUACCGAGGAUGAUGUCUAUGAGGAUGCCUAUCAGCCGCAGCAACAACAACAGCGAGCGUCACCGCAGCAGAUGCCCCAACAGCAACAACAACACAGUUACCCGCAACACUCGCCGCCGCAGCAGCAGCAACAGUAUCAUCAACAGCCGCAGUCGCAGCAACAACAGCAGCAGCAGCAGCAACCGCAUCAGCAGCGACGCAGCUCCAGUCCCAUGAAAGAGCCGCCGCAGUUAGCCAGUCCGCUGGCCAACCACAGCAGCAGCGAAGCGACGACCAUCACCCACAGUGCCAGUGAUCUCUAUGGGACACAAGUUCAGCCGGCUCAGCCGGUGAGCAACUCCAAGCCUCCCACGCCCACCAAGGAACCCGUGCAUCCGCCAUCGCCCAUGUAUAACACUAUAACCAAAGAGCAGCGCACCAACUACCACCAGUACGAUCGCUCACCGGGUUCCGACCAGGAGAGUAGUCCACACCUGGGUUACAGGGAGGUGCGGCCAACGCCCCUUCCACCCAGCAUCUCCUCGCACUCAAUGAAGGUAAGCCGGUCCUUUCCGGGACGGUGCCACAAACGGAAUCGCUGGGUGAAGAUAAAGAUGACGCUCUCUAAUUGUGGUAUUCCCGUACAGGAAUACUAUCAGUCGGAAAGAAGCGCCUACCCGGCACACUACCGACACAGCCAGACGGACCUCACUGAAUGGGAGGAACAUCAACAGCACCAGGCACCCCAGGUGCAUCACAAUCCCUAUGGCAGCCAGAUGCAGUUGCAUCAUCCGCCACAGCGUCGCAGCGCAGGACCCGAAAGUGGAGAGCGCUACGGGUAUCGGAAUGGCAGUGCCCGGGAGAACGGUGGCGAAUCGGAAUGGGAAGCAGCCACACCCAGGACAAGGCGUCCCGAUGGUCGUUUCAGCGAUUCGACCACCACACUUGCCGCCUCUGUGAUGAAUCACUAUGCGGGCUACCACCGUAGACCCGUCAACAGAGUGAGUAUUAAUCAUAUUAUUUCCUGUAAUCAAUAAUUGAUUCAUAUCUGAUAUCCGUAGAACUCUAAUCUGCUGUCCGCCACACUGUGCUUGGUGAAGGAGCUGGACUACGCCAGUCUCGAGGUGCUGGAGCAUGCCGUGCGCUGUCGUAUCGAUGAGUUGGCGGGCGAAUGAUGAAGGCGACUGUCUAAUCGCAUGUCGAUUAGUUAGGGAACAUUCAAUUAACAAAAGACCAGAAAGAAAUACUUAAAAAGACACGUCGGAGCGGUUACUUUACUAACAGGAAACAAAAAUUCAGAUACUUAACAAAAAUAACGAUUCAUACUUGCCAAUUGUAAACUGUCAUAGUAUAACUAGAAUCUUUUGUAAGCAUUUUUUGCAAUGUAACAAACUGUGCUAAUGGCAUCGAAAUCUGAGAAAUUGUAGCAGCAUCAGACACAAAAACAGAAGAUUCAGAGGAAGUAGAAAAUAAUUGCGGAUGAAAGAAUUGAUAUGAAUUAACGUUUAGAUUGAUUUAUGCCUAUAACGAUCCCAGAUCCCAGAUUUAGUUCUGAUCCCCGAUUUGAGCACAGACAGCAAAGAAACUAGCCUUCUUUUGUACUUAACUCGCGAAGAUCGAACUAACGAACUAACGACACCCAAGGCGUCAAGCACAAUGGAUCUUCCUUGUUUUUCCUCGUAAGAUAAGUUGAAAUUUAUACUGAUGACUUUGUUAAAUAUUUGUACACGAGAGCAAUCAACGUUGAACCUUUAAUUUUAAUAUAUUUACCUAUAAUGCAAACAACACGUCCAGUUUAUGUUAAAACUUCUCUAUUUAAUGAUUGAGUUGGAAACUACUAUGCGAAAUAAACAAAUUAACAAGAAAA